AUGGCUAGACCCUCAACGGUGACCUAUGUGGAUCUGGCCGAGCUCAAGACUGGCAAGUAUGAGCGUGAUUAUAAAGGACAACCGCCCGCCCCCAAAACAGUGGUCUACUCGGAUUUGCAGAAUGUGUUUGAUCGCGCAACUUGCGAGCGCUGUGGCAACCUCGUCGAUGAACACGUUCGCAUGUUGGAUCAGCCCAGUCUGGCAAGUGCUGUUGCUGUGAUCAAAUAUGAGAGUGUGCCAGAAGCUGAACCUACUCGGUUUGAUAGUGCACUCUUUUCUUUGGCUCUGCAGUACAACAAGACAAAUAAUACCUACAGUUUUCCUGAGCGUCGCGCGGAGCCCGGACAGCGUCUUGACAUUUGCGCUCGCCAGGCCGUCGCAGAAAAUCUAAACUCUGAAAUUGCGCUGGAACAGGUCUUUUGCGUCUCCUGCCAUGGUACCCAGCAUCGCGAGCCAGCUAAAGACUGGCACACGCUUAGUGUGCUCUACGCAGCGCCUAUUACCAGUGAUGCCGACAUCAAAACUGUUUCCUUAAAGCAAGUUUUGGUCAAUCACGAUGUGUUUAGGAUGCCGGGUGACCAACGGGAUAUGCUUCAUGCCUUGUGCGAAUGGCUGCGACACCAGUGCUUGGCGGGCAACCUUGUUCGGGUAUUUCAACCUCGUCUUCCUGCGUCACGCGAGGAACAUGAGCUCAUUGGUUGCGAGUGCUACAGGCCCCGCAUGAUACGUCGAGUGACGACCAACGCCGCCUUUGUUCAGAAGCUGCCCACUCGUGAUCCCAUUCAUCGCUCCUUUCGAAGCUGGCGCAAUCCCUACUGGGCCUCAGGCGACCUGGUGUCCGUCCAGGACGACAUGAUAACGCGCCGUUCGUUUGCGUUGACACUGGAAGCGGACGACCAAGAUGCCGCCUUCGAGUCGACCACUGACCCGUCAGUCUUGCCCGGGCGUCGAUCGGCACGUCCCGCGCCUGGCAACGGCCCCAAGCGCCGCGCCUCGCGGGCUCGCACCAGCCAAGCCCCCCGCACCUCUACCCAGGAUCCGCCAGUAGAGGCAUCGCGGGCCCCUGCCAAGAACGGCUAUGCCAAGACAAGUCAGGCACAUGCCGACGAGCCCCGUGGUGAGCCACGGCGCUCGGCCAUUCCUGCCGUAGCGCCCGGGCAUGUGCGGCGCAACCUCGUGCCUCGCGGCGCUGGUGAUGGUGUGCGUGAAGUGGGUGACUCAGACUCUUCAGAUGCAGAAACCGAGGGGCGUCAUAGUCAGCACCGGGCCUCUUUGUCUCGACGGCCCACGGGCAAGGGAUCGGCCGCUCAGUCGGAGUUGGUAUCCACACAUUCAUCAUCAGCACAAGCAUCAUCAGACGGCGACAGUGAUCAGAGUGACAGCGCGGACGGAUCUGACUCGACAGCACCCCGUCGACAACAUGGGCGUCCGAAGCGUCAGCCCUCCUUGCCCGAAGGUGACUUCAAUCCCUUGGCCGACGAUUUUCAAGCCGAUUUUUCCAAUCCUUUGGCGCAGACUUCGCCCUGA